CGCUGACCAGAUUGCAAAACAAUCACUGGCGRUAAAGGGUGGUAUUUUUGUUUAUUUUUUGAGCUUAUUUUACAAUUUAUAAACCAAAAGGAUCAACAAUACAAUAAACUAGUGAUGGCUCUGUACAGAAGGCUUCUUUUCUCAAGGAAUUUCUGUAGCAGAGCUGCACUGGAAGCUUUGGGUUCCUGUCUCAAUAACAAGUAUUCUGAAGGAUAUCCUGGACAAAGAUAUUAUGGAGGCACUCAAUUCAUAGAUGAAAUAGAGUGUUUGGUUCAGAAACGAGCUCUUGAAGCCUUUCGUCUAGAUCCUGCUGAAUGGGGAGUCAAUGUUCAGCCAUACUCAGGAUCACCAGCAAACUUUGCUGCAUACACUGGUCUUCUUAAACCACAUGACAGAAUAAUGGGCCUGGAUUUACCACAUGGAGGACAUUUGACCCAUGGUUUUAUGACUGAUACCAAGAGAAUCUCUGCUACGUCUAUCUACUUUGAGUCCAUGCCUUACAGACUUAAUGAAGCCACAGGGUACAUUGACUAUGAUAAACUUGGAGAAACUGCCAAGCUCUUCCGCCCUAAACUUAUCAUCGCUGGAGCAAGUGCUUACUCCAGACUUUAUGAAUAUGACACGAUGAGAAAGAUUGCAGAUGAAAACAAUGCCAUCCUUCUGGCUGACAUGGCACACAUUAGUGGACUCGUUGCAGCUGAUGUUAUUCCAGGUCCAUUUGAUCACUGUCAUGUCAUAACCACAACGACGCACAAAACACUCAGAGGUGCCAGGAGGAACAGAUAACCAUCUUAUUCUUCUUGAUCUAAGACCCAAGGGAAUUGAUGGUGCAAAAGUAGAAAAAGUACUGGAAGCAGUAUCCAUUACUGCUAACAAGAAUACCUGUCCAGGAGAUAGAAGUGCUCUGAAGCCAGGUGGUCUGAGACUGGGUACCCCAGCAUUAACCUCUCGUAACUUCAAAGAACAUGACUUUGAACGUGUAGUGGAAUAUAUCGACAAGGGCGUUGAAAUUGCUUUGGAAGCUCAGAAGACCACAGGAGACAAUCUCAAAGAGUUCUUGGCAUUCAUUCAUAAAGACCAAGCAACCUUAGACAAAAUAGCGGGUUUAAGAAAAGAAGUGGAAGAGUUUGCGAGAGGAUUUCCCAUGCCUGGAUUUGAUGAUCACUAAGACAAAGUGAUAAAUCUAUAAUAAAUCUAGCAAUAUGCACAAUUCUAUAUUCUUAAAAACUACAAAAAAACUUCUUAAAAACCAUCAUUUAUAGCUCAUUAGAGAUGCAGCUUUUCUUUCGUUCUUUUGUUGACAGUUGAUUCAAUCAAUAGUUUGAGCUUCAUGUUUUUACAUUUAAUACAUUUUCCAUAUAGAGUAUCAUUUCUUAAACGGUUGUUUUUCGGUUGUUUAUUAGAAGACACAUGAAAUGUGAAUACAACUCAAAAAAAUUUUUUUCUCAAGAGAACAUGGUGGUGUAAAUUGGGAAAAGAUUACAACAGCGAACCACCAUAAUAAAUUGAGGGUUCAUUGACAUCUACAGUAGCUUGUCAUCCUUGCAAACCAAAGGGGAAGAGAAGACAGAGGAAGGGAACUUAUUUGUUGUUGGUUUAGUAUAAUUCCUGGGGGGUACUCCCAUAUAUGGACUAUGCGGGGAUGAUCCACUGAUCAGGGUAUGGUUUUUCAAGCUUCUUAUCAUAAACAGGGUAUGCAAUUUCACUCGAGUUCCAAGUUUUUCCUGAGUUUCCUGUCAUAUUCAGGGUUUCUACUUUCAUAUUGACCGAAACUGGUUAUUAUGGUCAUAAAAAAYGAUACGUGAGAUGACGUGAUAAUUGAAACAGGAACUCAGUGCAAUAAAUUAUAUCUUUUGCCAUAAACAGGGUCUACAAAUUUGAUUUUUUUUUGUCAUAAAUAGGGUACCCCUUUCAGAAUCCGAGCGGAACACCCCUACCCACAUUCUGGCAGAGUAGCCCCUCCGGGGUAUAAUUAUAGUAGUGGAGGUAAAGACAAGGUUUUUUUUUGUAAUUUUUUCUCUUUGUUGCACAAAACAUGCAGGAUACUCUGGGCUCCAAAUCAUCUUAUUCACUUUGGCUAGGCCAACUUUUCAAUUAAGAAGCAAAUGCCGCACAUUAAUAGAUAACUUAGGAUAACCAAGAAUGCAAUACAGAUAAAAUAUAUGCCUUUAUUGUUGUAUAAAAAUAAUAAAGUGAUAAAUGGU